AUUGCAUUUGGUAAUUGCCAAAAUAGGAAUACCCUUACAUCAUGAUCCCGUGACCCAGCCGGAUGAGGUCAUAGACAAGCGAUUUCCGGCAAGCCAUCCAACCCAGUCUGUUCUUGCGGUGGUUGAUCACUCGAGCCGAGCAUUUAAAGAUUUGAUUCAUUACAGUCCUUCAAGAAAUCCCGAGGAUUUGCCGCUUGCUUGAAACAUGCGUUCUGCCGGCUUGCUACUCCUGAUCGCAGGGCUGCUGGCGUGGGCUAGAUUGGGAUAUGGAGCGAUAACAGAAGUUCACGAGCCAGGCACCUGCGCGAUGUACAAGAAUUGCGGAAAGAAGAGCUUCUUCGGGGCUCAGCUCCCAUGUCCUUAUAACGGUCCUGCUGCGACGCCCGAUCCUGGUAUGAGAGCUACGCUCGUCGAUAUAUGCGGUGCUGAAUGGGCAGAGACCAAUGUUUGCUGUGACGCAGAUCAGCUCGAGAACCUGCGCGGCAAUCUCAAAAAGGCAGAGACAUUGAUUUCAUCAUGUCCUGCGUGUCAAGCAAACUUUGUCGAAUUCUUCUGCUCUUUCAGCUGCUCGCCCAAUCAAUCACAGUUCAUAAACAUUACAAGUCUUGGAACAGCAACCUCCGGAAGUGAUAUCGUCACCGAGCUGGACUACUUUGUCGACGACCUAUUAGCCGAAAAGUUCUACAACUCGUGUAAAGAUGUCAAGUUCUCAGCAACGAACGGUUAUGUCAUGGAUCUCAUCGGCGGAGGCGCAACCAACUACAAGGAAUUUCUAAAGUUCUUGGGCGAUGAGAAGCCGCUUUUGGGAGGUUCCCCGUUCCAGAUCAAUUUCCCUUGGGGAGAGACUCCAGACGAGAUCGACCGGUUAGAAUUUGACGCAAAGAACUGCGCCAGCCAGGAUGUGCGGUAUCGCUGUGCUUGCGUGGACUGUCCUGGUGCUUGUCCGUCGCUGCCGCCUGCAAAGGAGCAAUUCCAGUGUCAUAUCGGCGCGCUGCCUUGCUUUUCGCUGGCGGUUAUUCUACUCUAUGCGCUCAUGCUUAUCGUCUUUGUUCUCGUGUACAAGUCAAUCAUUCAAUUCAACCGCGGACCGUUUUAUAAGCCGGAGAGACUUCGCCUGUUGCAGGAGAACGGCGGUGCUUCUGAAGAUGAAGAAGAAGGAGACAUUGUGGAGACCUCGGAACUGGUCGAGCGGGAGUUGGCAAAGACCUACAAACUUCAUAGUAUUUUGCAGUCCAAGUUCACAACUCUCGGUCUAUUCUGCGCGCAGUUUCCUGGACUGGUCAUAGGACUUUCUUUGCUCUUUGUGGGAAUCAUGUCUCUGGGCUGGUUCCAUUUCACUAUCGAGACCAACCCCGUGAGAUUGUGGGUGAGUCCUCAAUCGGAAACCUAUUUGCAGAAGCAAUUCUAUGACGAGCAGUUUGGACCAUUCUACCGCGCUGAACAAGCCUUCCUUGUCAAUGAAGACGGUCCUGUGCUGACGUACGACACCUUGAAGUGGUGGUUCGAGGUUGAGUCAAACAUAACAGCAAUUACCUCUCCGGUCUACGGCACCACAUUCGAUGAUAUCUGCCUGAAGCCAACUGGUGAAGCAUGUGUUGUCCAGUCAAUCACGCAGUAUUUUGCUGGUGAUAUAGAUAACGUCGACGUUGACGGGUGGAAAGAUCAGAUUGCUGUUUGCACUGCAAACCCAGUCGACUGCCUGCCCCCUUUCCAGCAGCCGCUCAAGCCCAGUAUGGUCUUGGGUGGUGUUGAUGGUGAGGAUUACGUCAAUGCGCAUGCAAUCAUCAUCUCCUGGGUGGCCAACAAUGACGAAGAAGGAUCGGACCACGUCCAGCGCGCGAUGGACUGGGAGACUGUGCUCGAAGCUUAUUUGCUAGAGGUUCAGGAGCAGGCUGCCUCGCGAGGGCUUCGACUUAGCUUCAAUACCGAGAUCUCUCUUGAGAAAGAGUUGAACAAGUCUACAAACACAGAUGCUACUAUCGUCGUCGUCUCCUACAUUUUCAUGUUCAUCUACGCCUCCAUGGCUCUUGGAAAAUUGUCUUGGAAAUCUGGAAGACGCUCGCUGAUCGAGUCCAAGUUCACGCUAGGAUUGUUUGGAAUUAUCAUUGUUCUUCUGUCGGUGUCGGCAUCGAUUGGAUUGUUUUCAAUCAUCGGUGUACCAGUGACGUUGAUCAUUGCCGAGGUCAUUCCGUUCCUGGUCUUGGCAGUUGGUGUAGACAACAUUUUCCUACUUUCUCACGAACUCGAGCUGGUCAAUCAGGAAUACCCCAACGAGCCUGUCGAGCACAGAGUAGCCAGAACGGUCGGAAAGAUGGGACCUAGUAUUCUGUUAUCAGCCUCUUGCGAGUUCAUUGCCUUUGCAUUAGGCUCCGCCGUCGCUAUGCCGGCCGUGCGCAACUUUGCAAUCUACGCCGCCGGUGCUGUCUUUGUGGACGCUAUUCUCCAGAUGACGAUGUUUGUGUCUGCCUUGACUCUGGAUCAACUUCGGGUGGAGGACAACCGAGUCGACUGUUUGCCUUUGUUGAAGCUUCAGCUGAGACCGGCAGCUACUUCUAGUUCAACUGUGAUUACGAAAGAGUCAGAGCUGGUGCGGUGGAUUAGAACAAAGUACGCGCCCGCCAUAUUGAAGAAAGAGGCCAAGGCUAUCAUUUUGAUGGUCUUCUGCGGUGCAUGUGCUCUGUCACUUGCGUUGAUUCCAAAGAUCCAGCUCGGCCUAGAUCAAAGGAUUGCUGUGCCGAGUGAGUCGUUUCUGGUCAACUACUUUGACGAUCUGUACGACUACUUUGAUUCCGGUCCACCAGUCUACUUUGUCACGACAGAGUCAAACGUCACAACGCGCGCGGGUCAGAAGGCUCUUUGCGGUCGUUUCUCGACCUGCAAUGAGUACUCGCUACUAAACAUUCUAGAGCAAGAGCGAAAGAGACCCGAGUCUUCAUACAUUUCUGAGCCGGCGGCGUCGUGGAUCGACGACUUCUUCCACUGGCUGAAUCCGCAAUUGGAUGAGUGCUGCCGCUUCAAGAAAGGCUCGACGGACGAGAUGUGCUCGCCGUUUGCGCGCGACUGGCAAUGUGAUGUAUGUUAUGCAAACAAAGAUCCGGCCUGGAAUAUCACUAUGAACGGGUUGCCUGAGGGAGAGGAGUUUUUGAAGUUCUUCUCGUUCUGGAUCGAUUCGCCAUCGGAUCCUUGUCCUUUGGGAGGUAAAGCGCCGUACUCGAACGCGAUCGUGCCAGACUACGAGCGGGUUACGAUCAACGCUUCGUCCUUCCGAACGUCGCACACACCUCUUCGUUCGCAAGAUGACUUUAUCAAUGCGUUUGCGAGCGCAAAGGAGAUUGCAAAGACUGCUUCCCGCGAGACCGGAGUCGAGAUUUUCCCGUACUCUGUCUUUUACAUCUUCUUCGACCAGUAUGACUCGAUAUUCCGGCUCACAACGACGCUGAUCGUAGCCGCUUUGGCAGCCAUUCUUGCAAUCUCUUCGCUUCUGCUUGGCUCUAUCAGCAGCGGCAUCAUCGUGACUGUGACGGUCGGUAUGAUUGUGAUUGACAUCAUGGGAGUCAUGGUAGUCUGGGGCAUCUCGCUGAACGCCGUCAGUCUUGUCAACCUCGUCAUCUGCGUCGGUAUCGGCGUCGAGUUCUGCAGUCACCUGGCGCGCGCGUUCAUGGUUCCCAACAAAGACGUCCUCGAUCUGAGCCGGUCGCGCAUGAAAGGUAACGACGAGCGGGUAUGGGCCGCGCUCGUGAGCGUGGGCGGCUCGGUCCUGAGCGGCAUCACGCUGACCAAGCUGAUUGGCGUGAUUGUGCUCGCGUUCACGAGAUCAAAGAUCUUUGAAAUCUACUAUUUCCGAAUGUGGCUCUCGCUCGUGAUCAUCGCCGCCUUGCACGGACUCAUGCUGUUACCGGUCGCGCUGUCGUAUUUCGGCGGCGAAGGGUAUACCUUGGAGGAAUUCACUAUCGGGCCUGAGAACACGAGUAGGAGGUAUAGAGCGCUUUUUGAGGAGCCGGAGUCGGUCGAGAGUGAGACGGACGAGGAGGAAGAGCAGGGGCCGUAGUUUGUACUUUUUUCGUCAUAUUCAUAUUUCCGUUUUUUUUCAUUUACCAUAUAGUCAUAGUCGCAACGGGGA